AUGAGCGGCUUGAAGGCAGCAAGAAGAGAAAGAAAAUGCGAACUUAAUGAAUGUGGCGUUUGCGAGCACACUGGAGAGAAACCUUAUGAAUGUGAUGUUUGUAAGAAGAGAUUUUCACAUGGUAGUGAUUUGGUUAGCCAUCAAAGAACACACACUGGAGAGAAACCUUAUGAAUGUGAUGUUUGUAAGAAGAGAUUUUCACGCGGUAGUAAUUUGGUUAGACAUCAAAGAACACACACUGGAGAGAAACCUUAUGAAUGUGAUAUUUGUAAGAAGAGAUUUUCACAGGUUGGUAAUUUGGUUAGCCAUCAAACAACACACACUGGAGAGAAACCUUAUGAAUGUGAUCUCUGUAAGAAGAGAUUUUCACGUGGUAGUGAUUUGGUUAGACAUCAAAGAACGCACACUGGUGAGAAACCAUAUCAAUGUGAUGUUUGUAAGAUGAAAUUUUCACAUGGUAGUAAUUUGGCUAGCCAUCAAAGAACACACACUGGAGAGAAACCUUAUGAAUGUGAUGUUUGUGAGAAGAGAUUUUCAUGUGGUAGUAAUUUAGCUAGCCAUCAAAGAACACACACUGGAGAGAAAUCUAUGGAUAUCAGAAACUUCUGUCAUGUCGAGAAGUCGAGUGCAGAUGAAGUUUGUGCGCCUGCCGAAAAACGUUCUAGAACAGAUUUGCUACAUAGUGAUGAGGAGGAUGACGCUGAAGAUAUUCUUGGACAACCAGAAGACGUAAAUAUUUCAUCUUCAUCAAUCCUGACUUCGCAGCUGCAAAAAACUUUAACUAACGCCGGGCCUGGAGACAUUUCGCUGUUACCAGACGACGGACCAACGCAGCCAGGAUUGAAAAAGGAAUUUCACUUUCCUAAGACACACGGCCGACGUUUUACUCCUGAGUGGUUUAAGAAGUUCCCCUGGCUCGAUGAUAUAAUAUUAGAUGAAGUUACCAAAGAAAUUCAGCAAGCCGAAUAUUUCGCUCUUUUGGUUGAUGAAACAAAGGACUUGUCGAAACAAGAACAACUUACUUUUGUGCUUCGUUCUGUGUUUGAGUACGAAGUGCACGGAGAAUUCCUUGGUUUUAGAAAUGCAGAGGAGCUCACCGCCGAGAGCCUUAGUGAUGCUAUUCAAGAUGAAAUGAAACAGAUCGGUGUUAACAUCAACAAUCUUGUCGCUCAGGGUUAUGAUGGAGCCGCCGUCAUGAGUGGAAAAUGUUCCGGUGUACAAGAGAGAAUAAAAACAGUUGUACCGCAAGCUCUCUACGUGCACUGUUUCGCUCAUCGUGUGAACCUCGUGAUUGUUCAGGCAGUAAAAAGUGUUGUGCCAGUGGCUGAUUUUUUUGCAGCGUUGCAAAUGUGUUACAACUUUCUGAGCGGUUCCAAUGUGCAUUUAAGAUGGAUCGCAUUUCAGAAAGACAUGCAUAUGUAUCCUGACCAAAAGCCGAUUGAAUUUAAAAUCAUGUCCGAUACUCGUGAGGCAAUGAGCGGCUUGAAGGCAGCAAGAAGAGAAAGAAAUUGCGAGCACACUGAAAAGAAACCUUAUGAAUGUGAUGUUUGUAGGAAGAGAUUUUCACAUGGUAAUAAUUUGGUUAGACAUCAAAGAACACACACUGGAGAGAAACCUUAUGAAUGUGAUGUUUGUAAGAACAGAUUUUUUCGUGGUAGUAGUUUGGUUAGACAUCAAAGAACACACACUGGAGAGAAACCUUAUGAAUGUGAUGUUUGUAAUCAGAGAUUUUCAUUUGGUAGUGAUUUGGUUAGACAUCAAAGAACACACACUGGAGAGAAACCUUAUGAAUGUGAUGUUUGUAAGAAGAAAUUUUCACAGAUUGGUAAUUUGGUUACUCAUCAAAGAACACACACUGGAGAGAAACCUUAUGAAUGUGAUGUUUGUAAGAAGAGAUUCUCAUGUGGUAGUGAUUUGGUUAGACAUCAAAGAACCCACACUGGAGAGAAGCCUAAUGAAUGUGAUGUUUGUAAGAAAAGAUUUUCACAGGUUGGUAGUUUGGUGAGACAUCAAAGAACACACACUGGAGAGAAAACAUAUGAAUGUGAUACACGUUUGUAAGAAGAGAUUUUAGUGUUGGUCAUUUGGCUAUCCGUCCAAGAAUUCACAAUGGCAAGAAACCUUAUGAAUGUGAUGUUUGUAAGAAGACACUUUCAUGGGUUGGUCAUUGGGCUAUCCAUCAAAGAACACAUGAUGGGAAGAAACUUUAUGAAUGUGAUGUUUGUAAGAUGAAAUUUUCAGUUGACAGUAGUUUUUUUACACAA